AUAACGUCGAAAAACAUACCUCCCUUUCUUGGAUUCCCACCAGCUCUCUGUACGGGGGCGGCACCGAGCAAUAAAUAGGACGAGGUUACUUGGGCAGGUGAACGCAGGUGACAAUGAAAACGAAAGUACAUCAAACAGGAAGUGGGACACCAUGGUAGGACAUAUUACUUUGUAAUCCAGACAUUUCUCUGAAGGAUGGCACAAGCUUCUGUUGAUGCAGUUGUUUCAAAGGUGACACCUGGAAAGAAAGAAACAAAAUUGAAGAUAUGUCUGCUUGGACCAAGUGAGAGCGGAAAAUCAGAGUUUGUGAAAUAUCUGAUCAAAGGCAACCCUAACAAGCUUAUUUGUGUUAGUGAUUGCUUCUUUGUGCAUGGACUUCGCCUGGAGUAUGCCCCGCUGUGAUCUUUGACGUCACAGAAUGCAGAGGGAACAUAAGAUCACAACUCCAGCAGGCAAGUAAACACAAACCCGAUGUCUACUUUCUGUUGUUUGACGUGAAUUCCAAGACUAGCCUCUACAAAAUGAAAACUCCUGGCUCAAUGAUCUAUACGACCGGGACACUGUUACUAUUACCAUCGGCAACAAGUCCGACCUGCCCUCAAAUACUCAACAUGCCAGGUUCCUGGGGUAUUGGACAAAGGGUGGUUGUCAGGACAUAUGGAGAUUUCAUCCAUAACCGGACAAAACAUUGAUCGCUUGGUGCAAAGAACGGUAGAGAUCUUUACAGGUUUAGAUGUUCAAGGCCAAAUACCUCAGGUAACUCGUGCCAUGACUGCAUGUUCUCUGUCCAGCCAACCGCCUUGUAAUGAGUACAAGAUGGACACCAGUCCUAAAGGUGUAUGUCUUAUCCUCAGUAUGAGGUCAUUUCCAGAUGACAGCAAAUACAGAUAUGGCGCUGAACAGGAUGAAGUCAGCUUGGAAGAACUGUUUAGACAGUUUGGUUUCAAAGUAGAGAUCAAAACAGAUUUGGAGUGUUUUGAGCUUCUAAAAACGCUGAAGGGCAUGGCUUUACUGGAUCACUCUCAGUAUAGCUGUUUUGUUUGCGCUGUGAUGUCUCACGGGUCGUCCACAGCCAUCAAAGCAGCAGAUGGUCUAGAUGUAACAGUAGACCAGAUUACGAAGCAGUUCACGGCUAAACAGUGUCCUUCACUUCGGGGCAAACCCAAGGUGUUCUUGUUCCAGGCUUGUCGAGGUGUACAUGGACAACAGUUUCACCUUCACGAAACAGACUCUUGUUAUGGCGACAUGGAGGACGAUGCCAUAGUCCCUGUCCCCAACGAGGCCGAUUUCCUGAUUGCAAGGUCAACCGUUGACGGCUAUGUCUCUUAUCGUGACAGAAAGAAGGGAUCUUACUUCAUUUCCUACCUUGUGGAGAUACUGAGAGCCAACCCUGAACACAGCCUUAUGGCGUGUCUAACCUUGCUGAAUGAGCGUGUUGCUGACCUACAGUUUUGGGGAGACACAUGUCAGAUGCCAUGUUUCCACACCACGCUCAGGAAGGAUCUCGUCCUGGGACGGUAACUCUCAACAUACACUGUGGAGAUGCCGGUAAGAGUUGUGACAGGGGUUCAAUCUGAAUAUUAUCAGAUUAGGUUCAAGCAAGCAAAUCUUCCACCAUAGACAUCAUGGUCAUAGGCGUCGCUGCGUCAGCCUCUGUAAAUACCUUCGCAUAAGCCACUCGACCAAAGACGUUGACACUUGACAUAAUUGUUACAGUCAAUCAAGACCCUUCCCUUGUUCGGGAGGAUACAGUCCGAUAUUCGAUAAGGGCGACUCGGCAGAUUGGCAUGAAUUACAAGGGUCGACGUAGAUUCGAGUUUCUCAACAGUCAUCUUCGGCGAUUUUUGAUAAUGUUGCAAAACUAGACGUUCCUCAUAUUUACGGGAUCCCGUGCAUCAAUUGUACUUGGACGGAACAUGGACGUUUGUUCAAAAUAAUCCAAUGGGAUACAUGUAAAUUCUGACAAUACAAAA